AUGGAGCGAUGCUUAAACGGGUUUCGUGGACCAGAUGUUCUUGCACUGUGCACCGGAAUGAGACCGGUCGUGAUGAUUGACUAUGGUGGAAAGAUGCCUGAGCUACAAGAUCGCUUGCUUUCGCUUCUCGAGCUUAUCCAAGAGGGUCUACCAGUUUUCAAAGAUCUGAGGGUUAUGGUUAUAGAGGAUAUGAUUUACCUGAUAAAUGUAAAGAGACUGCCCAAGUUUGUAAGUUCCAGCUUGGUUUCAGAACCCGAAUUGUUCUUUGUCGACUUGGAACAAGAUCCUCCAAAGAUGGUGGAACAAAGCAAGGAAAGCAAUCUAGGGAUGCAGCUUAGAUCGAUUCAGCAGCUAUUCUCGUCGACAUUUCCUUUAGAUUGCAGCGAUAAUGAUACCAACACAGCAGUUGAUGAGGCCAAAUCUUCUCAGUCUUCUCUAUGCAUUGAUCUUAGUUGUUGUUUACAGGACACUAAGGUUACGAUCCCAACUUUAAACGGAUGGCUCCUGGACUAUCCGGUUGUGUAUCUAUUCGGCACAGAUCACAUAGAAGAUGCAAUAUACAACCUCACAACCAAGUCUCUCCGCAUCUUCAAAAUUCUAGUACAAAGAUCUUCCAGGAACGGUACCACUGAGAAGGAAUCUCACUUAGAAGAGCUAACAAGUUUUUCGGUGCCAUAUGAUCUGAGUAUGGGAGGUAGCAAGGAAGUGUGGGCUGAAACAUUUCUGGAGAGGAUGAGUUCAAGGUGGGAAGAAUGCAAACACAUUUGGAGAUCAUUGGAUUUGCAAGUUUCUGAAUGUUAUCCUCAAGCUAUUGUUCUUUAA